AUGUCUACCUUCGCUCUCCUUCUCCUCUGCGCUCAGGCCUGCCUGAUCCAAAACGUAUACGGCCAGUCCUUGGGUGGACUAGGCGGUUGCGGUUGUGGAGGUGGCUGGAAUGGUUGGAACGGACUCGGUGGUGGUUGGAACGGUCUAGGUAUUGGCUGGAACGGCAUCGACGGUGGAUACGGCGCCGGCUGCGGCUCAUACGGAGGUGAGGGUAUCGGUAACGUUGGAGUCGCCGGUGAGCUGCCCGUCGGUGGUGUCACCGCUGUCGGCGGCCGCGUGCCCAUCAUCGGUGGUGUCGAGUACGGAGGUCCCGCCUGCGCCGCUGGUGCCGUCUCCAUCUGCGGACACUGCGCUCCCACCUGCGGAUGUGGACACGCUGGUUUCGGUGGAUACUACUGA